ACUUUACACUUGGUAUUCUCAAUUGAACUCAUUGUAUCGUUUGUAACAAAUGGAUUGAUAAUAGUGAUGAAUGGAGCGUGUACCAUCUGGAGAAACCUCUAUAUUUUUUGCAUGUAUCUAAAUACUCUCAGCCUCUGGUUUGCUACAUGGCUCAGUGUCUUCUACUGCAUGAAGAUCGCCAACUUCAGCCAACCUCUCUUCCUCUGGCUGAAGCGGAGAAUAUCAGGGCUAGUGCCACGGCUACUCAUGAGCUCCUUGCUGGUCUCCUUGGUCACCUGUCUCCUUUCAGUCAAUGUCAUAGAUAGAAAGAACAUAGGCAAUUCAACGAAUAAUCUGUCAGGAAACAUCAGAGUGGAAUGUAGCCAUAAUGUUAAUUCAUCUUCUGGUCUUACUAUUUUGCACAUGCUUGGAUAUUCCUUUCCUUUCUUUAUAUUUGUUGUUUCUGCAGUACUGUUAAUCACUUCUCUGUGGAGACACACCAAGAGGAUGGAGAAAAACACAAACAUCUCCAGGGACACCAUUACUGAUGCUCAUGUCAGUGUGAUUAAAGGUCUGAUUGCUUUCAUUUUCUUCUACAUUUCAUAUUUUGUGGCAACACUGCUAUUUUUAUUAAACAUAUUUGCCCACGGCAGUCUCUAUUUCUCAUGGUUCUGUGUAUUGGUAGCGGCUGCUUAUCCUUCUGGGCACUCUGUUAUCCUGAUCCUGGGUAACCCCAAAUUGAAGAUGAUAGCGGUGAGGGCUCUGAACUAUGCAAAAUGCUGGCUGAGAGAUGAGGCUUCAUAA